GUAGCAUUCAUUAUCUGGUGUUCCGGUUACUAGACAACCUGCAUGCAGUGCUAAAUAUUUCAAUUUUCAAAAUUGUAAGAAUCCUUUUCAAAAUUGAUAUCUUCCUUGGCCUGGCAUCUCCAAAGCUCCACGGCGGUGUUUUACAAAAUUGAUAUCUUCCUGUCUGGCAUCUCCAAAGCUCCACGGCGGUGUUUUACAAAAUUGAUAUCUUCCUGUCUGGCAUCUCCAAAAUGCAGGUUUAUCAAUAUAUGCUUGAGUUUUACACACCAUUACUACAAUUUAAAAAUUAAGCAAAGAGAUUGUACAUACUUAUGUGUGAAAUCGUAGGAAGCCUGCGUGAAAUCGUAGGAAGGGAAUUUCAGAAAUAUUAAGAUGGAAACGGGAAGGCCAACACCUAAACGCUAGGUUUAUUGGGAUAAAGGCCAAAUUAAAAAGCUACUUUACCAAACACACAUAUUGGCUGAUUGAUCAAGUCAAAAGGCUAAUAUUGGUCAAAUCAGCCAAAAAAUGGCUGAUAGGCCAUUAACGAAACACCCCCAAUAUAUGGUGUCUCAAAUUGUGAUACAAACUCAAAAUUUCAAAGAAAAAAGCGGUCGACUCCCUCUUGUAGGGUUUGAGAAUUUCGGCGCCAACUGUGCGCCGUCGUCUUUGGCAGUCAAGCGGAAGGGCCGUCGUCUUUGACAGUCAAGAGAAAGGGCCGUCGUCUUUGGCAGUCAAGCGGAAGGGCCAUCGUGCGUCAACGGCGCUGCUCUUGCUUCACCGGAGUGUGUUUUGGGAUUGGGUUAAGGCAACAGUUUGUCCACAAUAGCUUUCUCUUAAGGGAGCUUUUGAAAGGUCAGCGAGAGAUUAUGAUGGAGAUGGACGAGAUGGUUAGCAAGUGCGACAACAUGGUCCACGGAGGGGAGGAGGAAGAACUGGUUCUGGACGAGGAAAUGGACAGCGGGGAGGAUUCUUCGAUCCGCAGCGCUAUCUUCCCGGUUGUUGGCACUGUUCUCACAGACAGAAUGGUGAAGUUCCUGAUGUUCAGGAAUCUCAUGGUUUCUAUUUGUCCACUAGUGCAAAAUCGCUAAUCAGAUACGCUUCAAAUGGCUCACGUGCGGCGCUUUGAAGCGCCUCUAAAAAAUGUGCGGCAAAUCUCAAUUGGAGGCGCUUUUUAGACUGGAAGCGCCUCUAAUAUUUAAAAGAAAUAUCCAUCAAAGAGAUGGGAGAGAAGAGGUAUUAGUUUACUUUUUACCAUAUUGUUGAUAUGGAGCGAGUCCUAGGAGGUGGACCGUGGUUAUAUGAACAAAACUUGCUGAUAUUGAGGACGCUGAAACCGGGGGACGCCCCUCUUCGGGUUCCCCUAAAUUAGGAUGACUUUUGGAUACAAGUUCAUAAUAUACCUUAUGAUUUGAUGAAUUUAGGGGUGACUAGGAGGGUUGGUAAUUUUAUUGGUAAAUUUAUCGAUUUUGACGAAAGUAAGAUUGCAGAACGUUGGAACUCAUACAUGACAAUUAGGGUCAGUAUGGAUGUGAGGAAAGCCCUGAAAGUGGGUAUGACAUUGAGGAAAGGGAGGGGUACAUGCCAUAGGGUGGAGUUCAAAUAUGAAAAACUACAUAGCUUUUUUUUUUGCUUGUGAUAUUAUUGGUCACGCAGACAUGUUUCGACCCUUGGCAUAUGACUGAGAGAACAAAAUUUUGACUAAAUCGUUUGGGGUUAGUCUUCGAGCGGGUGGGGGAGGGAAAACUCAACGGAUGAGGGGUAACAAAUGGCUAGUUACAGAAGACCCCUUAAGUGGAAGCGGAUCGAGUAAGCAGGGCAAGCAAGAAGGCAUCAUAAGUGCCAAAGAUGAGGUAUUUGGGUCAGAGGGGCAGCGUGGGGUAAGCAAUGUGGUAGAUACUGGUACAAAGGAAGCAAAGGAGAACGAAAUAGUAGCUAUGGAGGGACCUUCAGGGGAGCAGAAACGUAGAAGAAUGUGGGAGGCAAAGGAGCAUGAGGGGGAUGAAAGGGUCAAUAUGGCAUUGGACUUUUCAAAAAACGAAGAAGGGCGGGUCUCGGACACUAGAAUCAGAGGAUUUUUGUUAGCUGUGUGUGGGUGCAACUGAAUUCUCACUACUUUAUUUUCGUUGUUAUUUUUUUUUUUUUGAUCAGACUAUCGUUGUUGCUUUCUGUUUUGUUUAUUUCAUUAAUCAGAUUCUUGCAUUAGGUUGGGGUGAUGAGGGGUCUAUUCUAACCGCAUUAGGCUCAUUUAGACUCAUUAUAGGAUUAGCGAGCCAUAUUGCUUUUUCCAGGGUGAUUGACUCUAAGUCUGGUUCGAGGAUCGUUGAUUGGAAGUGAUCCUUUUAUCUUUUUGUUACCUUAGUGAAUGCUUUAAUAUCAAUAUUUUCUGCUAAUUUUUUUAAAGAGUUAUUUGUAUCGUCCCAACUCAUUUUGGACCCAUGUCUAAGCCACUACUGAUACGACAUGAAAAUAUAGAAAUAGUUGGCAAAUGUCAAAAUGAUACAGUAAUAGAUUAUUAGAUUUAGUGGGUUUAGAAUAGUGGUAAUAUUAUUUCAUUUGGUUAAGUCAAAAGUGAAACACUUGAUUAUGCACGUAGAGUAUGAGUCUCAUUAUAUUUAGGUUUGUAGCUUUAAUAAAAAGUUUUAGAAAAUGAGCUUGUAGUGUCUGGCAAUACUACAAUUGUAGUUUUUAAGUCCUCGUUUGUUUUGGUUUGAUCACAUCAUUGUAAAACUUUGAAGGAGAAGGUCACAUAUUCGAAACUCAUCAGGAUGUCGGCAUUUAACAGAAAAUAUACUAUAAGAAAAGAGAAAGUACAAAAAAAGAAUCCUCGCCUCUACUUUAUAUUGUUUCAGAUUUCUCUUUUUAUUGCUUUAUUUACUCGGUGUCUUUCAUAGACUACGCAAAUAUCACGCAACUUUUCUUUCUCCAACUCCAAUUUUCAAGCUAAAGUACGGAAGUUCAUUACAAGGGCGGAUAUACCUUAGAUAAUGAAGGCGGGUCUCCCCAAUAAAUUAAUAUAUGAUGAAAAUUUACAGUUAAUUACGGAGUAUAAAAUAGUUUGCCCAACGAAUGUUUUGGGUUUCCCCCAAUAAUUGUUUCGUUACAGGAGUAUUAUUUAUUCGAAUUGAGAUCGACCACUCUAUUGUGAUAUAUUGAUAAAAAAUAUUUGAUCGCUCGUGUGAGUUAAUAUCGGUUCUGCUUCUGGUCCAAAGCGGAACAUUUGAUCACUCAUGUGUGUUUUAGCCUUCUCCCAAAAAGUUCUCUCAUAUUAACUUUUCUUGACCAACGAUGGAAGAUUUUGUACAAUGAUUUUAAUUAUUAUAUUUUUAUAUAAUUUAUAAAUUUUGUACUUUUAUUAAAAUAUUUUGAAUAAGGAACAUUUUCAUAUAAUUUUCAUAUUCAAAAUAAUUUUGUAUUAAAAAAAAUCAUUGGUCAAAGUUGAUUGUCACUGACCAAGAAAAGUCAGUUUGACGAACUUCUUCGAGACGGAGGGAGUAUUUCAUACCCGCAGUCUGCUAUGUAUUUCCAUCCGACAAAGUAUGUUGGGAGCCCCAAUUGUCUAUUGUUUUCCCACAUCUGAUAUCAGUAAAACAAUCAGACACUAUACUAACAUGUUGAACUAUUCCUUCAAUCAGGUUGACCUUUGAUGAUGUAAUCUCGUGUCUUAACAUGAUAUCAGAGCUAAAUCGACCCAUAAUCACGGUGUAGGUCCUCUAUGACAAUGACUAAUCGAUAAAGAAAUGAAUGGUGACAAGAUGCAGAUGAAGUGUCUGGUCGUGAGGAGAGAUGUUGUUGUCUCAUACUGGAUAAUUAUUUCUAAAACAAUUAAACACUAUAUUACGAUGAGUAUCAACUCAUUCCUAGUUUUCUUUAAUUUAAAUGGUUACAUGCGUUUGAACAUUAAUAUUUGAUUCACUCAAAAUUGAUUUUGAGACGUAUGAAAUGCUAAGUUCAAUCACCGAAUGUAGUUCCAAAUAGAUAACUUAUUUAACAUAAUAACAAAUAAAGUCGACUCAACACCAGUUUUAACAAUCCUCCACAUAUAAGAUACCACCAAAUGUACGAAUAUGGACAUAUGCUAACACGAAAAAUACUUAAUAGAAAUAAAUCAAAUUGUUAUACCAUUACUAUCAUCACAUUCUUUAGUUCUCAGUGGUGUAUCCCUUUUGGUGAUGGACACACCUUCUCACAUUUCAUAAGUGUUUUUGAUUGUAGCAUUCCCACUUCACCUCACAUCGGUGAUGUGAUAUGAAGAGAAUCACACCGGCUAUUCUCUUAGGAAUUAUAAAUAAUUACCCACAGAGGUAGCUCAAUUUGAAGAUUUGAAGAAUGAUCAAUGAUCAAAACCCGCAAAGAUCAUGUGGAGGUUAGAGCUUCUGUUUGAUUGUCUGGAUCUCUGGUGGUACAAGGUCUAUCACCAUUGGGUUGAUUGAGUCACCGUGACUUACAACCUCUCAAAAGUCUUGUCGGAUCGGGGCAUGGAGGACCCUUGAGAUUGAGGAUUCAACCUUUUGGAAGAAGAAAUUAUAAAUAAUUAAGAGUGUCAAACAUUAGCACCUAUAACUUAUUUUUCCCAUUAAACUAGCUUCUUCAGAACUCCGUCCCAAAUUAUUUUGCAAAGUCAAUAUUUUUUGCUCAAUCACUUAAAGUUAAUUCCUCCCAAUAAAUAAAUAAUCAAUUUUAAUAGUUAAAAUUUAUAUAUUCAAAAACUAGAUUAAAAUCUUUAUAAAGUUACAUAAUCCAAAUUAAUUUUUAAUUUAGAAUUGAUAUCAGAUCAUCAUUAACUUAAUAAAAUGAAAUUGUUUGAUCCAAAAAGUAAAAAACAAUAAACUAUGACUAUUUUCAGAAGAUUUUUUUUUACGUGCGGAAACUAAUAAGAGUUUCGCAAACAAUAAACUUAUUAAUUAGUUUAUUGUUUAAACUCUUAUUGUUUAAAUUCUUAUUAGUUUCCACACUUGACUAUUUAUGAUCAAAGACUCUUAUUAGUUUCCACACUUGAGAAAUACAGUUCUUAGGAAUGCCUAAUUAUAUUCACCCCUAUUUUUACUUUCACAACUAUGUGUAAACAUCAAUUAAAUAAACAUUUCGGGGGUGUAUUGAAUAUGGAUUGUGGCGGAUUUUUUUUUAAUUCGUGGACUGUUAAAAAAGUCAAUGGACUUUUAAAACGAUAGACUUUUUUUAUGAACAAAUUCGAUGGACUUUUAAAUUCAUGGAUAAGUUUGUUGACUUUCAAAAAGUCCAUAGACUUUUAAAAAGUCCAUAGAUUUUUAAAUGCGGACUGUCAUUGCUGGGCGUCAAAAUUUUCACCUAGAUUGCCAUUAUCGAUCUGCCCGUCGGCCUCCGUCACCGGAUUUCCCCGCUGGCGUCAUCGGACUGAUCCGCCACCAACAAAAUCGAUUUGGUUAUGCAAAGGAACUAGGGACAAUUAAUUUUAUUAAUUAAUUAAAUUAGGGGUGAAUGUGUAAUAUUUAGUCCUAUUUAAGGAAAAUCAAACAUAUGAUCAUACUUUAAGAAGAAUGUUACUCCGUAUGUUUUGGUCCUGCCUUGAGUAAUUUCCUUUGUAUAAUAUGGAGUAUGAUAAGAAACAAAACAAACAAACAAACAAACAAACAAGCAAACAAGCAAACAAACAAACAAACAAAUAAAUAUAUAAAUAAAUAAAUAAAUAAAUAAAUAAAUAAAUAAAUAAAUAAAUAAAUAAAUAAAUAAAUAAAUAAAUAAAUAAAUAAAUAAAUAAAUAAAUAAAUAAAUAAAUAAAUAAAUAAAUAAAUAAAUAAAUAAAUAAAUAAAUAAAUAAAUAAAUAAAUAAAUAAACAAACAAACAAACAAACAAAUAAACAAACAAACAAACAAAUAAAUAAAUAAAUAAAUAAAUAAAAAGUAAUUCAUAUAGCAAUAGAAAGUUCUACAAGAAUAAAUAGAGCAUAAGAAUCUAAAUUUAUUUUUAUUAAAAUAAAACUCAAAACUCAAAGAAUUUUGAUUAUUUUAUUAAUGAGUAAGAACAUUUAUCGUUACACAACUGUUACACUCAUUGCUACAUGUGUUACACGCAUAAAUGCAAUUGAGCUUUUCUUCUGAAUAAUUAUUUUCUCUUCAUUUUUAUCUUGUAAAAUUUUGUAUACUUAUUUACGGUUAUAUAUUUAUUAAUUUGAAAUUAUAUGUUUAUGUUUUAGCGAUUUAACGAUGAAAGAAAGUAAUAGUUAAAAUAUUUAUUUUCUUAAUGGUUAAGUGACGACGUACCAGAAUUGCACUGAUGUAAUACUAUCGAUUCUUAUACCAGAACUGGGAUAAACGAAUAUGGGAUUAACGAAUCAAGGGGGAAUCGAGGGGGCGGGGUGGGGCAAGUCGAAGAAGAAAAAGAAUGGAAGGAAGAGGUGGGGCGAGCUGGGCUGAAGAAGAAAGAUCGAAGGGGAAGGGGUGGCUUGGCUAUAGAAGAGGAGAGUUGGGGGGAGGGGAGGGAUGGGGUGGGACGAGAUGAAGAACCGAUAUAAGAAAAGUUCACGGAAAUCUUUAGUGAGGAGAAGAGACAAUUGCAGAGAAUUAAUGUACUAAUUCAAAAUGAGUUAAAAGUGCAUGAGAAUCUACGAUUUUAGAAAUCAAUAAGAAUGAACGGAACUUUGAAUAUGUCUAGACUUUUAUAGACUUUUAAAAGUCUACAUUAAAUACACGUACACUUUUGUAGACUUUUAACUCCUCAUGCAAUACCCCUUCAUUUAUAUUUUUGAUUCCGUACAUAAAUGUAAUUCCACAAUCACUUAGCUGAUUUACCUAAAGUUUUUUAAACCGAUGUAGGUAUUCAUGAUAUUUACUAACUUUUUGCAUCAAUCUAAGGAAAAGUCGAUAAAGAAAGGGAACAAUUUAUCUCGGCUAAAAAUUUGUGUCUAUUACAUACUAAUUUCCGAUCAUAAAUUUCACGGAGUAUGAUUUAUAAUGUACAUCUUUGACGACUACUUUUUACUAGUCCCUCUUAUAUACGAAGUAUUAAUUAAUUAUACGUAGUAUAUUAAAGCAUAUGAUUACUUUAUGAGAGCGGUUCCGUUAAGAACGAAUCUUAUGAGAGAAAUGAGAACAAAUCUGGAUCGUUGGAUUGAAUUGUGUGGAACUAAAUUGUGUAUUUGGUGAAACCGAAAUGUGCAUUAGAUGAUAUUGAAAUGUGCAGAAUUAAAAUUUAAACUCACAUGUGCAUUAGGUUAAACUGAAAUGUGCAGAAUAAAAGGUACAAAAAUAACAUCACAUCGUACCUUUUAUUCUGCACAUUUUAGUUUCAUCUAGUGCACAUUUCAAAUUCACCUAAUGCACAAUUUAGUUUCACAUAAUGCCACUACAAUUUACCUUUUGUGCUGCACAUUUCAUUUCACCUAAUACACAUUACAUCUUCAUCUAAUGCACAUUGUAUUUCUCAUAAAGCAAAUCUAAUGGUCCAAAUUCAUUCUCAUUUUUCUCAUAAGAUCGUGUUCUUAUUUGAACUAAAAACUAUAUAUGUGUAUGUGUGUAUAUAUAUAUAUAUAUAUAUAUAUAUUAAGAUACUCUUUGACAAUUUGUUCUAUUACACUGAUAUAUAUACGGAUCGGAGUAUAUACUUCUGAGGUUUUGGUUCAAAUAAGAACAUAAUCUUAGGAGAGAAAUGAGAACGAAUCUGGACCGUUAAAUUUGUUUUAAGUGAAAUUCAAUGUGCAUUAAAUGAAACUGUAACGUGCAUUAGGUGAAAUUGAAAUGUGC